UAUAUGUGACAUCUACUUAAGGCAGUUGGUCCUCCAAAGAGAAGUCAUGGCGGAGAAAGGAGCAGAAGGAUCCGCUAAACCUUUACUAACAGCGGCAGAAAAACAGCUCCUCCGCCGCCGAGAGGAGCUCGACUACUGGAAGAAAAACGCAGCGCGGCUCCGGAGCCGAAACCUGCGGACCGGCCUGGCGAUCGGAGCGUUUGUGGUCGGCAUGUUUAGCUACACCAUCCUGUCCGUCAAACAGGAGAGAAUCAUAGAGGAGCUGGAUGAUGAGGCCAAGAUCCACAUCAUCAGAGGGCCACGGACCGGCGCCAACUCCUGAUGAUACUGACCAUGAUCUGUCCUGGACUUACUGUACCCUGGCCCCUAACCACAGGGUGGGGGGGCCUUAAGUGUGACUCCUAUAGAACGUAUGGUGACAUCACACUGAGGGGCAUGUGAUGAGUCAUGUCUCCUGAGCUUCUCAUAUCUAAGACACAUACCACCUACCACUCAAUUCAUUUAGAGAUGUUACAGAUUGUUUCUUUUCUGUUUGAAAUGCUGUAAACUAUUUUGUGAAUAAAAUUUACUUAGGAAAGUAGUCAAUCAUGUUGCCUUGACAUGUUGUGGAAAAAACUGUAGCGUUAAUUUUACAUGAUCAUAAUUUCCAAAUAAAUUCCAAAUUUUUGAGAAAUCUCCUCAAAAUAACUAUUUAACUUGGAAUUGAACAUUUUCUUGAGGCAAGUGUAAACAUAUCCAUAACCACAGAGAGUAAAGUUUCCAAUAACACAUAAAUAAUAAAUAAAUUAUACUUGAGUUUAAA